AUGCAGACUCCUUUUCCAGUUGUCAUGAAUAAAAGAGUAGACAAAUAUCUUACAAUUGACCAGGACCUUCCCUGCCUUGAGACCUUGGGGCUUCUUCUGUCUUGGCGAAUGUCCACCUCGUCUGCAGGACUGGCUUUGUUUUGUCACUGGGCGUUCAGCGGGGAUGUCAGAGCCAACUCUGGCCACCCAAACCAGAGCAGCGAGUUGUUCAUCUUACCUCCUCACUCUGUUGCCUUUUGUGUAGCUUUUCUCUUUUUCCUGAACACCUCUUGUAUUCGGCAUGCUCUUGUUUGUUUUUUGUUGAUGUUUUCACUGUUGACUAGCAUUCCAGACCAGGAAAUGUGUCACUGCCUAUCUUUUUCACUCCUGUGUACCCCAGCUGCAAGCAAGUCCUGGCAAAUACGUAGCAGCUCCGGAAACGAAUAUGUGAAUGGAUUCAUCCAAGCCCAGAGAGGGAAAGGAGAGCGUGAUGAUGCCACCCGAGGCCCUGUGUCCAGUUGUGCUACACCAGCCUACCAUGGACUGUGA